ACGUCAGAGUUGGGGGUAACAGAGCACGUUGAGGGAGACCCCUGUAAGUUUGCUCUGUGGGUGGGACGCACCCCAACCUCCGACAACAAGAUUGUACUCAAGCCAAGUCAGGGAUGCAAACAUGGAUCGAUGGCGUCGAGCAUUGAGAACAAGCAGGAUUGGAUCAAACACGUCAGGGAGGUGAUCCAGGAGCGAACCAUCCACCUGAGAGGAGCUCUGAAGGAACCCAUACACAUCCCUAAGUCUGCCACCGCCAAGCACCACAAGGGACACCGCAGGUACAGGGAUGGAGAGGACUUGGACAGCCAGGGUGAUGGCAGCAGCCAACCAGACACCAUCUCUAUCGCUUCACGCACCUCACAGAACACACUGGACAGCGACAAGCUGUCUGGUGGCUGUGAGCUGACUGUGGUGAUCCAUGACUUCAUGGCUGGUAACAGCAACGAGCUGACCGUCCGGAGGGGCCAGACUGUGGAGGUCCUGGAGAGGUGCCAUGACAAGCCUGACUGGUGUCUGGUGAGGACCACGGACCGCUCCCCUGCCCACGAGGGACUGGUACCCUGCGCCAUGCUCUGCAUCGCCCACUCACGCUCCUCCAUGGAGAUGGAGGGGAUAUUCAACCAUAAAGACACUCUAUCAGUCUGUAGUAAUGACUCCAUCAUGCCAGGCUCCUCUGCCACUCUGCAGCCUGGGCAUCAUGGCAUGGGCUCACAUACCUCGCCAGGGCCCAAACGACCUGGUAACACCCUGCGUAAGUGGCUGACCAGCCCAGUGCGUCGCCUGAGCAGUGGCAAGGCAGACGGGCACGUCAAAAAGCUGGCGCACAAACAGAAGAAGAACCGCGAGGUGAGGAAGAGUGGUGAGAUGACGGGCAGCGCCCAGAAAGACUCUGAUGACAGCGCCGCUACACCCCAGGAUGAGACUGUGGAGGAGAGGGUGCGUAACGAGGGGCUCUCCAGUGGGACACUGUCCAAGUCCUCGUCCUCUGGGAUGCAGAGCUGUGGAGAGGAGGAAGGCGAGGAGGGUCCUGACUCGGUACCCCUACCACCCCCCAUGGCCAUCCAGCAGCACAGCCUAUUGCAGCCUGACACACAGGACGACAAGAGCUCCUCUCGUCUGUCCGUCCGACCGUCCAGUUCUGAGACACCCAGUGCAGCAGAGCUGGUGAGCGCCAUCGAGGAACUGGUCAAGAGCAAGAUGGCUUUAGAGGACCGGCCCAGCUCUCUCUCAGUAGAACAGAGGGAUAGCAGCUCUCCCUCCUUCAACCCCUCCGACAACUCCCUUCUUUCAUCCUCCUCUCCCAUCGAUGAGAUGGAGGAGCGCAAGACUGGCCUCCUCAAGAGACGACAUUAUGUGUUGUUGGAGCUGGUGGAGACUGAGAGGGACUACGUCAGAGACCUGGGCGUGGUGGUGGGGGGCUAUAUGACGCGGAUGAAGGAGGAAGGGGUACCAGAUGAUAUGAAGGGGAAAGACAAGAUCAUCUUUGGAAACAUCCACCAGAUCUACGACUGGCACAGAGAUUUCUUCAUGGGAGAGUUAGAGAAGUGUCUGGAAGACCCUGACCGACUUGGGCCGCUGUUCGUCAAACAUGAGCGGAGGCUCCACAUGUACGUAGUGUACUGUCAGAACAAGCCUAAGUCAGAGCUCAUCGUAUCAGAGUACAUCGACACCUACUUCGAAGACCUGAAACAACGUCUAGGUCACCGUCUCCAGAUCACUGACCUCCUCAUCAAACCCGUCCAGAGAAUCAUGAAGUACCAACUACUGCUCAAGGACUUCCUCAAAUUCUCUAAAAGGGCAGGGUUGGAUUCAGUUGAGUUGGAGAAAGGAGUGGAGAUCAUGUGCAUCGUACCAAAGAGAUGCAACGAUAUGAUGAACGUGGGGCGGCUCCAAGGAUUUGACGGUAAGAUUGUGGCCCAAGGUCGUCUGCUGCUUCAGGAUACCUUCAUGGUAUCAGACCCCGAGGAGGGAGUAGGAAGGAUGAGGGAGAGAAGGGUCUUCCUCUUCGAACAGGUCGUCAUCUUCAGUGAACCACUGGACAAGAAGAGAGGUUUCUCCAUGCCUGGCUUCCUAUAUAAGAAGAGCAUCAAGGUCAGUUGUCUCGGGUUGAAGGACAGUGUGGACGGUGACCCCUGUAAGUUUGUGUUGACGUCUCGGGUGACCAAUAGCAGCAUAGAGUCCUUUGUCCUCCACUCCUCCCACCUGGGUGUCCGGCAGGUCUGGACCCUUCAGAUCAGCCAGAUACUGGAGAGCCAACGCAACUUCCUCAAUGCUCUGACCUCCCCUACAGAGUACCAGAGGAACCAUGUAGGGGCUAGCGACGGACCAUGUCUACCCAGCGGCGGAGCUCCGUCAGUGGGGAGCGUCAUGCCCAGUUUGGCCCCUGUUGGAGCUCUACAGGGUGUGCAUCUAUCUGGGCCGCUCGGUGGAAGUGGGCCCCUCGCUGUUGGUAGUCCCCUUGUUGGAGGUGCUCCCCAGGGUGGAGCUGGCUCAUCCAGGAGGCCCUCCAGGAUCCCCCAGCCCUCCCGCCUGCCCCAGCCCUUACGACACCCACACAACCCUGGGGCCACAGACUCAGAUGGCCCCAACAAGAUGUCAGGUUCCUCCCCUCGUCUCCCCCCUCCUCCCUCGCUCCCUCCCUCUGUCCCAGUGGACCCGCAGGACCUGGCUCCAGCAGGGGGGGUGAGGGAGACCAGGGAGGCCCAACAUGGGGUGAGGGUCCAGGGGGGAAGCCCCCAGGGCAAGCGCCCCAUCUUGGCCUCAAACGACCAGCCCCAUUCUGUCUCCCCUAUCCCCCGGGCCAGUGUGGCCCCCCUCCCUGUACCUGUGGCUCUCUCUACCCCCACCAAGCCUCGACCGGGCACCAUCUCCCCCAUGGCCUCCCCAUGGCCACCCCAGCCUUCGGGAAGGAUGCGCUCCCCCCCCCCCAGCCCUGACCUGAAGUCUGGUUCCUUCUGGAGCUCCAUGCCUGGUUCUCCAGCCAGCCGGCCUGGCUCCUUCACCUUCCCAGGGGAGGCAGUGGAUACCCUGGGGAGGCAGAAUCAAAACACGGGCCAGAUCUCAUCUCAGUCAGGGACCGGGUCCCACAGACACUCCACCCACAGCAAGGAGGCGGACCGCAUGAGUACGUGCUCAUCGACCAGUGAGCAGUCCAUCCAGUCCACCCAGAGCAAUGGGAGUGAAAGCAGCAGCAGCAGUAGUAUGUCGACCAUGUUGGUGACCCAGGACUACGUGGCCCUGAAGGAAGAUGAGAUCAGUGUGUCCCAGGGAGAGGUGGUCCAGAUCCUGGCCUCGAACCAACAGAACAUGUUCCUAGUGUUCCGGGCCGCUACCGAACAGGGCCCUGCUGCCGAGGGCUGGAUCCCCGGUUUCGUUCUUGGACACACCUCCGCCAUCAUCCCCGACUGCCCAGACGGAACCAUCAAGAAGUCCUCAUCCUGGCACACCACCCUGCGCAUCCGCAAGAAGUCUGAGAGGAAAGAGGAGGGAAAGAAAGAGGGCAAGCUGGAAAACGGUUACAGGAAGUCUAGAGAUGGGCUAUCCAAUAAGGUUUCUGUAAAGCUUCUAAACCCCAACUACAUCUAUGAUGUCUCACCGGAGUUCCUGGUCCCCCUGGGUGAAGUGACGUGUGACAACGGGGAGAGUGUGACUCUGAGGUGUAAGGUGUGUGGCCGACCCAAAGCUACUGUCACCUGGAGGGGACCUGACCAGACCAUCCUGAACAACAACGGACACCACAGCAUCGCCUACAGUGAGACUGGUGAGGCGACCCUGAGGAUAGUAGGCGUGUCUUCGGAGGACGACGGUGUAUACACCUGCGUUGCCGCUAACGACCUGGGCUCUGUGACAUCAUCAGCCAGCCUCAGAGUGCUAGUUGUGUCCAGUGAUGGGGUCAGGGUGAGCUGGAAGGACAACUUUGAGUCCCACUACACUGAGGUGGCAGAGCUGGGCAGAGGCCGGUUCUCUGUGGUCAAGCGUUGCGAACACAAGUCGACCAAAUGCACGGUGGCGGUCAAGCUGGUCAAUAAGAAGCUGAUGAAAAGAGACCAGGUGACCCAGGAGCUCAGCCUGCUACAGCGACUACAACACACACACCUGGUCACACUGCUGGACACGUACGAGACCCCCAGCAGCUACGCACUGGUCAUGGAGAUGGUUGAUCAGGGUCGUCUCCUAGACUACAUUGUGAGCUGGGGGAAUCUGACUGAGGAGAAAGUGGCCGGCUACCUACGGAACAUCCUAGAAGCUUUACAUUACCUACACAACUGUAGGAUAGCCCAUCUGGACUUAAAGCCUGAGAACCUGUUGGUGUCCCACACCUCGUCCGGCCAGCCCGUGGUCAAACUGACCGACUUCGGGGACGCCAUCCAGCUCAACAGUGCCCACUACGUCCACCCUCUCCUGGGCAGCCCCGAGUUCGCCUCCCCUGAGCUGGUCGUGGGGGAGCCCGCCGCCCUGACCUCUGACCUCUGGAGCCUUGGGGUUGUGACCUACGUCCUCCUGAGCGGGGCAUCUCCCUUCCUGGACGAGAGCGUGGAGGAGACGUGUCUGAACAUCUGCCGGCUAGACUUCAGCUUCCCCCACCACUACUUCCAGGGCGUCACCCAGGGGGCCCGGGAGUUCGUCUGCCUGCUGCUGAGGGCUGACCCUGCAAGGAGGCCUCCGGCUGGGCUGUGUCUGCAGGAGUCCUGGGUUCAGGGCCAGGCCGGGUUAGCAGACGGCCAGGGUAGGGUGGAGGGGGGGUGUCUGGACACAUCUCGCCUGGUGCUGUUCAUAGACAGAAGGAAGCACCAGACAGACACCAAGCCCAUCGGAGGGUUACAGAGCUUCCUACAGAGCCGGUUACAGCCACGGGCCUGAGCGAGGGUUGGAGAGAGAUGCCCCCUCCCACUCCCAACCACCCUAACCCUGGCUGGAAGGAGAGAACGUCCAAUUCAGAGGAGGCUGGUGGGAGGAGCUUUCGGAAGACGGGAUCAUUGUAAUGCCUGGAAUGGAAUCAAUUCAAUGGUAAUAAACACAUCAAACACAUGGAAAUAACAUGUUUGACUCGUGUUUCAUUGAUUCCAUUUCAGACAUUACAAUGAUCCCGUCUGUGCCUCCUCUGGUCCAGUCCCAAAUGGGGUCCUAGCUUCCCACCCACUAGUUGCUUGUGUAGAUCUUAGAGGAUUGGAUAGGUGGGAGUAAUAUUAUUUCCACCUAUCAUAUCAGAGGACAAGGUGAAGACGGUAUAGAUAUAACCAUAUUGCUUAGACCUAUCCAAUCUUUCAGAUCUACAUUAAGUGACUAGAAGGGUAGGGUCUAGAGAUUGAUUUGGGACUGGACAUCUCAAAGAAAAUUAAAGGAAAUUCGCUGAUCUCAUUCUCUUUCAGAUAUGUUGUGGUUUAAAAUAAAACAUCCUGUGGUCCUUCAACCAAUCAAAACCUGAUGCCUGUAGGCGUAGAGGUCCUUAGCCAAUCACUUUUCCCAGAGAGAACACACAUUGAGUUAUCAUCCAAUCAAAACAAGGGUGACAUAAUGUCAUCGCCAGUCUACUGCUGCUUGCUGGUUUACACUCAAAAUGAACUUAUUUUUCCUCUAUCUUACUGAGAGUCAAUCGAUCAACAGAAAGCCUCUUGAUCGAUCUUUAUUGUGUAGAGGAUUUUAUCCCUGAACAAACAAACUGAGCUUUGAGGGGAGAUUUGCUAAGGAAGAUGGUGUUAGUACACAUAGCAACUAUCCCUUCCCUCUUGUUGCCAGAGAUGGAGAAAGAGAGGUUUUGUUUUUGUGCUUUUACAAUAUAUGACUCAAAGACUGUUGGGACACCCCCUUUAUUAUAGAACCAAUGUAUAGAGAGAACAUUGUCCACAACUUUUCAAAAAUGUAUUUGAAAAAAACCAAGAAGAUUGAAGAAAAUGCUCAGCAGUGGAAAGUCGCUACGCUACUUUAGAGCCUGGAGAGGACUCAUCCAAUGACUGAGCUCCUCCACUUUAUUGAGACAGUUUUAUGUCCAAUCAGAGGUUUUCGAUUGCUGCGCUUACAUACUUAAUCUAAAAAACCAUGACGACGACCAUGUUGCAAGUAACUAUAGAGAUUCUGCUGACUGCUGCAUUGUCUUCAAAACAGAAAAUUAUUUGUUUUUGCUUUUACUUAAACAAAAAUUGUGUUGCGCAGAUUUAAGAUGUUUAAGCCUUACUUUGUAAAUAGACUCUAACUGCCUUCUGUCCCUCCCGUUUCAAACUGGCCGCCUGCUUUUGAGGAUGUUCUUGGAGGCGAGACUAAAAAAUCCUGCAAAUGAAAUGUAGUGGAUUGCCAAUUGAGCGACCGAGCCUGAGUGGCAGCAGAUAUAGCCAAUCAGAUGGAAUGUGAAUGAGGAGGAGGAGGAAGACAGAAUACUAUAAACGCACUCACUGGAUGUUAUGUUUCCCCCAUUCUUAUCAUGUGCAUUGUUGCGGUUUUAACAUUUUAUGCAACUAUUUAUGAAGACAUCUGUUGUACAUGUAAUAAAUGGAGAUAAAAACAUGUACUUGGUACUGCAAGCUCCACUGAUGGUAGUCCUCUUUAUUUGACCUAUAACCCUAUUGGGGUGUUAACUUAUCACCAUAGAAUUAGAAUGAGUAGAACAGCCCUCCCAAUUCAGGUCAAUGAAGCCAUAAUGGUUGGACUUGUGGCCAUUUUGAAUGUCUCCAUAAGACAUUAUAGUUCUAUGGUUAUCACUUCCUAGGUAACCUAAUCUUCUGGUGUCACACUCUACAUUACACUUAUGGCUAAAUCAAUGUAGUUGAUUUUUGAUUUGUUUCUUUUCUACCAGUCUCUCAGAAGAGGCCCAGUGUCCAGUCCCUGCUGUUAGGGAAGUAUAUUGAUUUAUCUGUUAGGAACAUGCAAAACUGGCUUAUUUCUUUCUAGAUGAGAGAGAGGGAUGCUGUGGGAGAGGUGAAGGGAAAGAGAGAGAGGCCCAUUGUCAGAUCACCUGUACAGUUCCACACAAUGAAUGUCCUUUAAUUUAUUUAUUACUCCAUUUUUGUGAAGUUGUACAAAGGUUGAAACAUGAGAAUGUGGAUUGGAGGUAUUUUUUUCCUGUUUCUUUUUUUGUCCCAUCAUCCUAUUUUAUACAUAUGUAUUAUGAUUUUAAAAGGUUUUAUUUCACAUGAUUUGUUUAUUUACUUUUGCAUGUAUAUUUCUUUGUACAGAGACCAUGAAUGUUUGUGAUAUGUAUGUCAAUAUUUUCAUUCUUUUUUUGCCAUCAAUUAUUUUGAAAUUAAACAUGGAACAUA